AAUUUUUAGGCUAUUAAUAGUUAUUUAUUCCCUAUAUCAGCAUGUUAUACUAUUUGAUCUUGAUAUUGAGGAUUGCUUAAUGAUACCUUCUGUUUUAUACAGGAAAUUUUCUUGCCGUAUAUACUUUAAACGCAAUCUAAUUUAUGGCUUUCUAUUGUACACAAUAUGGCAUCGAAUGAGCUAGAAACAUCUAUUCGACAAUUAGAACGCACUAUUAAGCCAAACGAAUCUCAGAUUGCCUCAUUCAAUACACAACUAGAAUGUUUGCAGAGAACUGUUGAUCAAAUCAUUAAAGCUGCAGCACUGGCAGCUGAACUAGACGAUCAAGAAUCACUAAGCAAAUUGGAUGAAGCUAUUAAAGAGCUUCUUGUAAAAAAAGAACACCUAUCAAUCCACAAAAAGGCAAUACAGUAUGUUGCCAAAGAGACGUCUACUGUUCUCAGGACUCAACAGGAACUUAACGUAGUAUCCCUGUAUGAAGAAUUCAUAAGAGAAAGAGAAAAAACAUUUGAAGAAAAAACAGAAUUUGAGAAGUUUGGGUCUCUAGGUGAAUACAUCGAAUUCCGGAAAACUAUAUGGAGAGAACAACAUUUGGAUGGUGCUGAAUUUCCUUCUAUGCAUACCUUCUUCCGAGAUGCAGGACAAGCUGACGAGGAAAACGAUUCGGACGACGACCUUGUUGUCUCUGCAGCAACAAUGAACGUUCGUUGUCCUUUGACUUUGCAACCUAUUGAACAUCCUAUGCUCUCAAAAAAGUGCCAACACUUCUACGAAAAGGAAGCGAUCUUGUCACUCAUGGGUAACGGUUGCAUAUGUCCUGUUGUAGGUUGCAAUGUGAAGCUUAAACGAAAGGACCUAGUCGAAGAUGAAUUGCUUGAAAGACGUAUUCGUCGUGCUAGGGACCUUGAAGCUUCACAACUUGAUUCAAUGAAUGUGGUACAUUGACUAAUUAAGAUAUUUACGAGAUUAAUGAGGAGUGCAUGAGUUUAGUGAAUUUAAGUUUAAUAAUACAAUCUUUAUUUUGCUUAUAUA